UAAAAAAAAUAUGAACAAAAUAAUUAAAGCAUUAUUUCGAAAAAAACCAAUUGAUUUAAAAGAAAAAAGUGAGUUAAAACGGGUUUUGGGACUAUGGGAUUUAACAUUUCUUGGACUUGGAGUUACUUUAGGACUGGGAACUUACGUCUUAGCCGGAUCGGUGGCUAAAAUACACGCAGGACCCGCUGUUUGUAUUUCUUUUUUCAUUGCGGCUGUUGCUUCGGCUUUAGCAGGUUUGUGUUAUGCCGAAUUUGCGUGUAGAGUUCCAAAAGCAGGUUCAGCUUACAUUUAUAGUUAUGUUACAAUGGGGGAAUUUAUAGCGUAUAUAAUCGGUUGGAAUUUAGUUCUUGAGUAUGUAAUCGGAACUGCUGGAUUAGCAAGAGGAUUAAGCGACUACAUAGAUGCUUUAACAAAUAAUACUAUUAGUACAGCGUUUCGUGAUGCGAUGCCUAUUGAUGUUGAAUUUUUAUCGAGUUAUCCCGAUUUUUUUUCUUUAGCCAUGAUGAUUAUUCUAAUAGUUGUUAUGUCUAACGGGGCAAAAGAAUCGUCGAUGUUAAAUAGUAUUUUAACAGUGUUAAAUAUAAUAGUUGUAUUAAUUGUUGUUGGAUUUGGAGCUGCUGUUAUUAAUUUUGAUUUUUGGAGUAUUUCAAAAGAAGAUAUUCCUCCAGAUGUAAGAGGUGGGGAAGGAGGCUUUGCUCCUUUCGGUCUACAAGGAAUUUUAACUGGUGCUGCUCAAUGUUUCUUUGCUUUCGUUGGAUUCGACGCUGUUGCAACGACAGCAGAUGAAGCUAGAAAUCCACAAAGAAUGAUCCCACUUGCUAUUAUUUUGUGCCUAUUUAUAAGUUUUUUGGCAUAUUUUGGUGUAUCCACCGUUUUAACGUUAAUGUGCCCUUAUUACGAACAAGAUGAUAAAGCUCCAUUUCCUGCUGCCUUUGAUUACGCUAAGUGGCCCAGUAUUAAAUGGGUAGCUUCGGUAGGUGCUAUUAUAGCUAUGGCAUCAACUUUAGUUGCUAAUUUAUUUACAUUACCUCGUAUUUUGUAUUCUAUGGCUAAAGAUGGAUUGUUGUUCAAACAAUUAUCGUAUAUUAGCGAAAGAACCAAAACUCCCGUCAUAGCUACUAUUGCAACUGGUUUAUUUGCUGGAAUUAUGGCUACUAUUUUUGAUAUAAAUCAAUUAGUUGAGAUGCUUUCGAUAGGAACGUUGAUUGCUUAUACAAUUGUAUCUCUUUGUGUCUUAAUGCUAAGAUAUACACCGAUCAACAAUGAAAUACCACAAAACGGAUGUAUGGAACAUAAAUCAGCUUUCCAUGCCGGAUUUCACGCUUUUAAAAUUGCUUUUAAUUUAAAUGGAAAUAAAUAUCCCAAUAAAUUAACAAAUUCUUUUAAAAAUUGGUCCAUUAUAAUUUUUUGUUUACUUUCAAUUGCAAUUUGUGUUUGCAUGAAAUUUCCAAUGUUUACAUCAAUAAGUCAUCCACACUUUUUAGCAAUUUUCGUUAUAUUAUUAAUUUUGUUAUUAGCAACAGUUGUAGUAGUUGCUCGUCAACCAGAACAAGAAAUUGAACUUUCAUUUAAGGUUCCUUUAGUUCCAUUAAUCCCAUUUACAAGUAUUUUCAUUAACAUACUAUUAAUGUCUAUGUCUAAACUUCAAACAUUCGUUCGAAUAGCCGCGUGGUUAGGAAUUGGUCUUUUAAUUUAUUUUGGAUAUGGUAUAUGGCACAGUAAAGAACGAGAAAGUAUUAAAAGGAAUCAGCAAGUUACAACUGCAAACGGUGUUGAUGUUACGAGAUUAUAAUUAAUUUUUUUGUUGUGAUACGAAAAUGAAAAAUAAAUUAAUUUAUUUAAGUUUUAAA